CAUGUUGAAACCGCGUUAUAAUCCUAACCUCCGCGAACGCGUUAUUGCUCGUUAUUUAUACUAAAUAAUUUCGUUAUUAACCAUUAUUGUUUGUAAACAUGGCAGAGAUUAGUGUUUGGGAGUUUUUUCAAAAACUGAAAGAGAGUGAAGAGCCGAAAGCUGUAUGUCGCGUGUGCAACAAGGUUUUAUCGUGUUCAACUUCAGCAAAUCUUAAAGUUCAUCUAAAAUACAAGCAUUCUGACUUAAUAAACGUGGAACGCGACUUGAAACAAAGGGCGGUAAAAGCAGAAACACCUGUUACUGCCAAAAUUUGUACCACAAAAAACUUAGUUUGGCGAAAUUUCACAAGAGUCGAAGGGGACAAGUUGGCCUGCUGUAAUUUUUGUAACAAAAUUUUUUCGUUCAAAACUACAAUAACUAAUUUAAAAAGUCAUUUACAAAACGUCCACAGUGACUUGUAUCCUAUGCUAGUGGACGUGACUUUAGAAGAAGACAGCGUGAACAAUUGUGACGAUGACGAGGUAUCGACACACUUCGAGGAGUCCGGCGGUGAGUUCCGGUGCACUGUGUGCGGCGUGAUCGUGCCUCCCGAGGAGAAGAGGUCGCAUCUGGUGGAGCAGCAUCAGUAUGACCGAAAGUUGAAUGAAGGCGACUACGAGCAAGGCGACGUAUUCACAGAUGUUGUUUACUUAGAAGAAGAAGAUUCCGACUUCAAACCAAGCAAUACGAAAAAACGAAGAUAUAACACGCGGUUUUCUCGAACACCCAAGUCCAAUGCGCAAACGCCGAAGUGGAGACAACGUAAAAGGUCGCCUUCGUAUUCAUCAAACGAAGAAUUUAAGCCAAACAAUUUGUCUAUUUUACAAAAUAACACUCACAAUGAUGAAUUGGAAAAAUUCGGCUCCUACGUAGCGUCUUUACUAAGAAACUUCCCAAAAUAUACAAGUACUAAAUUGCAAAUGGAAAUCAUAAAUAAAAUCAUGGUGGAAAAAUUAAAAUAUAAUUUAAAUGACAGUGAAAAGAAAAUCGCGGGAAUCGAGAAAGAAAAUGACAGUCAAGAGGAAAGCGCGGGAAACGAGAAGGAAGUAUAUGCUAGUGCUGUGGUAGAUACCAGUCAAGAUAUAACCAAUACGAGCCAAGUAGCAGCUACCGAAACUAGAGCUGAUACGCGUAUCGUGUUCUCAAUAGUGGACAAUGAUAAUAUUAACAAUGAAAAUUCUACUUAAAAUCAAAAUAACCUAAGAAUAUUGUCUCUAUGACGACCGGUUGCCAUACAACCAUAAAGUUGAAGUUGAACCUAAGAAUACAUUUUGCUUUGUUAAAAAAAGUGAUUUUUAUUACUCCUGUGCACACUAUCUAAUUUAAUUUCAAGUUAUUUCUUAUCCACCGAAAAGGAAAGGGCGGAUGAUUGACAGAUGAAUGA